GUCAGCUUUUAGAUCUGCCCUGCUGGUCAAUUUGGCAAACCUGUAAAAGCAAUAACAUUUCAUUUCUGCUGUCGAGAUGUCUGAGUCGUCCUCGAGUCAGUAUGUGGAUCAGUUCAGCUGUCCAGUGUGUUUGGAUCUGCUGAAGGAGCCGGUGACGAUUCCCUGUGGACACAGUUACUGUAUGAGCUGUAUUACUGACUGCUGGAGCCUGAAGGAGCAGGGGCCGCCGUACCGCUGUCCUCAAUGCAGAGAGAGCUUCAGUCAGAGACCUCUACUGAAGAAGAACACUCUGAUAGCUGAGAUGAUGGAGACGCUGCAGAAGACGGCCUUACAGACGCCUGCUGCUGCUGCUGCUGCUGUGGACUGUGAUGUUUGCACUACAGAGAAGAACAGAGCUGUAAAGUCCUGUCUGCAGUGCUUGGCCUCCUUCUGCCAAACUCACCUGCAGCUUCACUAUGAGUCUCCUGCGUUUAUGAAGCACAAACUAGUGGACGCCUCCAGACACAUUCAGGAGAACAUCUGCCCCAGUCAUGGGAGACCGCUGGAGAUUUACUGUCAGGAUGAUCAUCAGUGCAUUUGUUAUCUGUGCAUGGUUGACAGUCAUAAAACCCACAGUGUGGUGUCUGUGGAUUCAGAAUGGACUAGUAAAAAGAAUGUGUUAGAGGAGAUGAAUCUGACGUGUGUAAAGCUGAUCAAGGAGCGAGAGAAAGGACAGCGGCAACUCAGGACAGCUACGAAGCAUCUAAAAAGUUCAGCCGAGGAGGCGGUGGAGAGGAUGGAAAAGGUGUUCACUGAGCUCAUCUGCUCUCUGGAGAAGAAACGCUCUGAGAUUAAAGAGCAGAUCAGAGCUCAGGAGAAGACCGAGACAGAUCGAGCAGAGCAACUUCACCAACAUCUGCAUCAAGAGCUGACACAACUCAGAAAAACACAAGCAGAGAUCCACAAACUGCUCACUACUGAAGACCACAUCCACUGUCUGAAGAGCUGUGAGUCUGUGUGUGUUUUACCCACAUUUGAAGAUGUUCCCAGCUUCACUUCACACACUCAUCUGUCUUUUAAAGACCUUUCAAUCUCAGCAUUCAGAGAAGCUUUAGAGGAUGCCUGUCGACAGCAAACAGACACAUUUUCUCAAGAAGUGUCAAAUGUUCAUGUUGUAAAGCCUCCAGAACCAAUGACGUACAACCAAUUUUUGUGUUAUUUCUAUCAGCCUCAUCUGGAUCCAAACACUGCACACAAAAAUCUCAUCCUGUCAGAAGAAAACAGGAGAAUAUCAUAUUCAGAUACAGACCAGCAAUAUCCUGAUCAUCCAGAGCGGUUUGCUGUAUACUGUAAUGUCUUGUGUAAGGAGGGAUUGACUGGUCGCUGUUAUUGGGAGGUUGAGUGUAGUGGCAAAAAAUGGGCUGUUGCAGUUUCUUACAAAGGAAUCAGUCGUAAAGGAAACACUGAUGACUCUAGACUUGGCUACAACAAGCAGUCUUGGAGAUUGAGCUGUUUUAAAGAGAAUGUAUUUUUUAAACAUGACAGUGAAGUAGUCUCAGUCCCUGUUUUUGAUUCCUCUAGAAUAGGAGUGUUUCUGGACCACAGAGCAGGAAUUUUGUCCUUUUACAGCAUCUCUGACACAAUGACCCUCCUUCACAGAGUCCAGACCAGCUUCACUGAACCGCUGUACCCUGCGUUUGGGCUUCUGGAAGGUUCUAUCAGGAUCAUUGAGCAGAGAAAAUGUCUUUAAGACCAGGAGUCAUCAUCUGACUAAUUGUCCAAAUAAAUUAAUUCUCAGAUUAAAAA